ACGACCCUCCUGGUAGAAGGCAACGCCGAUGUGCGAGAGAGAAGAUGAACUUGAGGCUCUAGCGGUAGAUCUGGUGAACACUAAGUCGCUAUCAGUUUGGAUCGCCAUUUUUUCGGAUCUGGUUUGGUUCUGCCAUGGAUCACCGUGAGGUCACCUCUGAGUCGCCAUCAGGUUGCCGCCGGCGAUAGCCACAAGUCGUCGUUGUUCAUCGCUCCUUUGUCGCCUCUGCUCCACGCUACACGCCAUUGAAAACCAGAGCCCCAACGCUGUGUUAAGACCUUCGUCUGAGACUCUCUUCUUUCGCCGGCUCUGGCUGUUUUGUCUAAGAAAAUGAAGGAGCCUUCGAGGCACUAUGUCAUUGUUGUUGCUGUUGUAUUCCGAGCUAAGUUAAUUGGCUAAGUUUGGCAUCAACUUAACAUUUUGAAAGACUAUCUCACAAUAACUUUUGUGUUAAAACUUAAAAAUCAAGGAGAACUUCAAUCUUCCCUACCACAGCAUUCUUGUUUCAGAAGAAAUCAAUGCAGCUAUCGCAUAGGGGGGAUAACUGGUGAAAAAAAAUCUUGAAACCAUGUCGGGAAUGGAAAGAUUGCAGCGUAUGUUUGGCGGAGCUGGGGGUGCCUUAGGUCACCCGCCGCCGGAUUCUCCCACACUCGAUUCAUCAGAGCAAGUCUACAUCUCUUCUUUGGCUCUCCUUAAGAUGCUCAAACACGGGAGAGCUGGGGUUCCGAUGGAAGUUAUGGGAUUGAUGUUGGGGGAAUUUGUGGAUGAGUACACUGUCCGGGUGGUCGACGUGUUUGCUAUGCCACAGAGUGGGACUGGUGUGAGUGUUGAAGCCGUGGAUCAUGUCUUCCAGACCAAUAUGCUUGACAUGCUUAAGCAAACGGGCAGGCCAGAGAUGGUUGUUGGUUGGUAUCAUUCACAUCCUGGUUUUGGCUGUUGGCUAUCAGGCGUGGACAUCAAUACUCAACAGAGUUUUGAAGCUUUGAACCAACGAGCGGUUGCCGUGGUGGUUGAUCCGAUUCAAAGUGUUAAAGGGAAGGUUGUGAUUGAUGCCUUCCGUUUAAUCAGCCCACAAACGAUGAUGCUUGGACAAGAGCCGCGUCAGACAACAUCAAACUUAGGGCAUCUAAACAAACCCUCUAUUCAAGCCUUGAUUCAUGGGCUGAAUCGGCACUACUACUCCAUAGCAAUCAAUUACAGAAAGAACGAACUUGAAGAGAAGAUGCUACUGAAUCUUCACAAGAAGAAAUGGACAGAUGGGUUGACACUGCAGCGAUUUGAUUCCCACUCCAAAACCAAUGAGGAAACUGUCCAAGAAAUGCUAAACCUGGCAAUCAAAUAUAACAAAGCGGUGCAGGAAGAGGACGAGUUGUCUCCCGAAAAGCUGGCCAUUGCAAACGUGGGAAGACAAGACGCGAAGAAGCAUCUAGAAGAGCAUGUUUCUAACUUGAUGUCUUCCAACAUCAUUCAAACUCUUGGAACCAUGCUCGACACCGUCGUCUUCUAGAAGUUCUAUGCGUCUUCUAGAAGCUCUAUGCUUUACCCUUGUCUGCAGAGUGCACAUACAUUUGGUUAUUUUCUCUUUUAUACUAACAUUUUUCCAUUUUCCAUGUUUGCCUGCACCCUUAUAUGCUCUUUUCGGCUUAAUUUAAGUGGUUUGUUGCUGUUUAAGAUAUUUGAUUGCGAUUAUUUUUUAUUCAAUUUAUUUAGGGAUUUAAAAAUAAAAAUUAUUCACUCCGUGUUUAAAAGUUACAUAAAUAAUUCUACGAGUCAAGG